UCUAACUAGCACUGCUGGUACCUCAACAUCAAGUGAGGCAUCAACAACAACUUCUGAAGCAAACACAUCUGCUGAAGAUUCGACAGCGAUCUCAGCUGGUUUAACAAGUGCAGCUGUGGAAGCUACGUUUUCAACAUCGGGAGUGACCCUGACACCAGAAUCAACCAAAGACACAAUGGAAACAACUACAGCUAUGUCCUCAGGUGUAACAGAAACUUCAACCAGUACCUCGACGGAAACAAGUCCCUCACAACCUUCUACGAUUACCAGUGAGCCUGCCACUACAAAUGAACUAACUUCAGCAGUCACGGACGGGCAAAUAUCUUCCACUACCGCUGGACUCUCAUCUACCCAGGGAACUGAAAGUACAACUGCAGAGCCAACUGACUCCACAACUACAGCGGGAACGACCCUUGAAGAUCACACAACAACUUUAGAAAUAACAACAAUUCCAGCUGAAACAAUUACCAUUAUUACACAAGGUCCAUCAGCUCGCCCAACGAUGGAAGCAAUAACCACAACACAGUCUCCAACUCCCACAUCUACCACACCCUUUCUCACUACUCAAACUACAUUACCUUUCACAACCACACCCAACACACCUUCAACUCCAUCAACUACCCCACCUACCACACCUUCUACAACCACCCUAAUUACAUCAACUACCGCACCUACCACACCUCCAACUACAUUAACUACAUCAACUACACUUACCACACCUUCUCCAACUACCCUAACUACAUCAACUACACAUUCUACUACACUUAUCCCACCUGCCCCUUCUACUACACCUAUCCCAACUACCCCUUCUAAUACACCUACCCCUUCUACUACACCUACCCCAACUACCCCUUCUAAUACACCUAUCCCAACUACCCCUUCUAAUACACCUACCCCUUCUACUACACCUACUUCAACUACCCCAACUAACCCUUCUACUGCAUCCAGUCCAACUUCUACAACUGCAUCUGCUUCAUUGACGUCAACUUCACUCUCAACAACUGGACCUCCGAUAAUUGUGACUGUGGACACUAUUGAAGUAUCAACAGAUGUCACUGUUAGACUCAACAAAACAUUUAAAGAAGAAUACAGUCACCCGACAACACAGGAAUACCAAGAUUUUACAAAAAAUUUCACCAACGAUAUGACCUUACUGUACAACCGCACUAUUAACAAUUUUAUCGGCAUAGUAAUAAUAGGACUCAGGAAUGGCAGUGUCGUGGUGGAGCAUGUGGUUCUACUGAGCAUAGAGAAUGGGAAGAACCUAAGUAAGGAGAUUGCUGAGUCAGAAAAACAAAUCAAGGACAUUCUCAAUGCGGCCAAAAACUGCACCACAGGCCAAGUAGGCUGUAUUGGGGUGGACAUAAUUGGAGAUGUCAUUGUAAAAAAUUCCACAUUUGAUAAAGAAUCGGUAUGCGACACGGCCAAACUAGAUAAGGACUUGAGGAUAUACUACCAUGCAGCACAAAUAGAUGGGCGACUGGUCUGUGUCUCUCCCUGUGCCCCCGGACACAACAGGGAAAAGAACUGCAACACCGGCACAUGUAGUAUGUCAAGGGACGGUCCGGUCUGCAGAUGUAACCAGGACUACUGGUACCUAGACUCCGAUUGCUUCGGUCCUAUCCUGAAGAGGGACCUCUUUGCCGCGCUACUGACCCUGGCAGUACUGGCGAUAGCAGCCGUGGGGGUCAUGGUGGUCUAUGUGCCCUGGCAUAGACGACAAUUAAAUAGGGUGAAAGAUAUCCAUACUGGACAAGUUAACCAGUGGCUGGAGGAAGACUUUGAAUGGCCCAACAGGCCAAAUACAGGUGGCCACUUGGUUGGUUCAAGUAGUACCACAGUCCUAACAGAGAAUGAGCCUAACCCACCUUAUGGGGGCCGAGUGGGCUUGCAGUACGACGCAGAGGGAGAUUCCCUGUCAUCCUCCAGUACAAGGCUGCCGUCUCCCUACCAUGGAACACAGGCACAGGUGUCCAGGAGGCCUGAGAUCAUCUGCCAUGACUACAGUUCCUGGGGUGCUGAUAGGGACGCCAUUCAAGUCAUACAGACGACUGCCACCUCGUCAGGGCAGCAUUUUACAUUGAGUGACCCUGGCAGCCAAUCAGAGCUUAGGAUCAGGAUACCGGAGAUACGGACUUACUCUGAGAUCUAGUGGGACAUCCUCAACUCUUAAAAAACAGAACUGGACAAAGAACAGGAUAAUCCAUUUAAAGAAGUGUUUCUCAUCGACCAACGGAAUAAAGCAGAAAGAAAAAGGAUCUCUUAACGGACAGUCUCCUCUUUGGGAGCGAAGCCUGAAUAACGGUUGUGGGACAAUGAUUCAUCAACACGACACAGGAUUGUCCAAAGAAGUACGGUUUCCAUGGACUCACUGAUACAGGAGGAUGUGAAACCCAACCUCAGCUUCAUUAAUGGAAUAAUCUGCUCUCAAAUCUAUGACUCUAUCAGGAUAUCAGGAAACAACAUGUUUUAUGUGCUGUUCUUCAGUGAAGCACGUUUACAAUAAAUCUGCACAAUUAUAUAUGUUGCUUGUACCAGUUUUCCAAUUAGCAUGGCUUCUUUUGCAAUUUAAUACCACAACAAAUGAAUGUAAAUAAUGUUGUAAUAUCACAUGUAUAUAACAAUCUGUCUUUAUAUAGAACAGACAUUGCACUGUGGUAGUUCCUAUAAAAUCAAAACAUAUUUAAAAUGUGUACCAAAAACUAAGUUAUUUCCCGACUCAUUUUUGUAAACUGCAUAAUGUCAAACCAAUAAUACAAUAUUGUAUCACACAUAAAUUGAACAAUAAACGCAUCUGAUGAAAUUGGCAGUGAAAUGAACAAUGAAUGAAAGCCAAAGUGAGCCAUUUCUAAUCAGUGCCGCAUCCUCUUGAUCUUCUUGUUUGGCUGCAUGUUCAACGUUCUUUGGCUGUGCGCUCAUCUCAUCUUUUCCUGUGCUCAAGCUCUAAUUUAUGUUACUCCUACUUUGCCUUUAGUUCUAACUCCCUCGGUUGAACAUCUACGGGACUCACCCCACUACCCGUAGCACCCUUAUCAUCAGUCCUCCACCAAUCAGCGCUUUGACUACUGCUUUUGGAUUGCCUGAUGCCACUUUGAUGUCAGAAUUCUUAGCGAUGAUGAGCAGAUUCACCUUCGUACAUGUAUCUAUCUCGCAUGUAGAGUUUUCCACAAAUGCUUCCAACGAGCCUGUGUGAUUUUGCAACUUAUAAAAUGAUUCCACGAGUCUUAUAACCCAUUAGGAUGGAUGUCAGUGACAGCAACUCUACCACAAAAGUGUAUUUUCAACACUCAAAUAUCUGAGCACAUCAGAGCCUCACAGUCGGAGAUUAGAGCAACUAUCACAGGAAACAAAAUCCCGGACGAGCCCCCUUUCUGUUAUGUUCCCCAGCAAGACA